AUGGUAAAGGUGAUAUUUCCAGAUGACGCUUCAACCAAGUUUGAAAUCCAAAAGUGGAUGAAGCAGUACAAGUUGGCAUACACACCUUUCCAAUCAAAGGAUGAGUUACUAUACAUCAUCAGCGAGAAUAAGAAGAUCAUCUUUGAUCUAGAGAAGGAUAAGAAGAAGGCUGAGAAGUUGGCAAAGCAACAACAAGCUACAGUACAUCAACAACAUCAAUCAGAUAACACUACUACAUCAACGUCAUAUCAAUCAUCAUCAUCAUCGUCAUCAUCAUCAUCGUCACAAUCAUCAACAACAACAAGAUUAUAUACAUCACCAUUCAAGAAGAUCAUUAUAAAGGAUGGAAAGGUAUUCCAUCCAAAUGAUUUAAACACAACAUCAACAUCAGCCAACAUAAAGCCACUGGAUGCCACUGUUUUGAGACAUGUCAAGCCAAGACAAAAGUUGAACUUGGCUACAAAGGUCGACAAUAACAUCGUCCAUGUAUUCGUCUCAUCAACAUUCAAGGAUAUGAUUGGUGAGAGAGACCAUUUGAUCAAGGUCGUCUUUCCUGCACUCAACAUGAAGGCCAAGGCCAAGAACUUGACCAUCGUGCCCGUUGAUCUCCGUUGGGGUCUCACCAAGGAGGACACCACUGUCAAGGGCCAGAUUGAGUUGUGUCUCAAGCAAAUUGAGAAGUGCCACAUCACCCUGGGUAUGGUUGGCUCACGUGCUGGCUGGGUGCCUUCAGAGUACAAGCUGGUCAACUCAGGUGUGUCUGAUGGUGCCGACACUGAUCAGACUGCAAGAUGGCUGUCGGAGCUUCCACUUGGUCACAGCAUCACUGCCAUUGAGAUGCUCUACGCACUCCAUGGUGCCAGUCAGGGCAACAAGCAUUGUGUGGCACUGGUUCGAGACAAUGAAUCACUCAAGUCAGUGCCACCAGUUGUGGCCGAGUCCUUCACCGUUGAGAGUGAGGAGGCCAAGCAGCGACUAGAUAAGUUCAAGCAAACACUGGUGGACCAUCCAAACUGCACUGUGCUCGAGGGCUACCCUGCAACAUAUGGUGGCGUUGACCGAUCUGGCAAUCCAUUCGUUAGAGACCUUCAUCACUUUGGCGAGUUUGUCAUUGAGCAACUGUGGGAUAUCAUCGAGCUUGAGUUCCCAACGCCAGUGGGUGCACCAGACUCUAUCGAGAGAGAGUUCACCGCACACAAGUCAGUGUUGGACAACAAGUCUGCUCAUUACUAUGGCAGAGAGGCAUUCCAGCAGAAGCUAAUGAAGCACGUCAGCGAGAAGACUUCAAUCGACUCGAUUGGUGUGGUCUAUGGUGAGACUGGUGCUGGAAAGACCUCAUCACUUGCCUACUUCACCAAGACCAUGGAGAGUGAUCCAUCAUGGGUAGUACUCUAUCACUUUGUUGGUUGUUCAGGUAACUCCACAGAGGUUGCCAACAUCCUUGCAAGGUUCUCUUCAAAGUUGAUCAAGACAUUCAAGUUGAAGAUAGAAGUUUCUGAGAGCUUUGAGAAACUUAGAAUUGACUUCCCUGUUAUUCUUUCACAAUGCAAGAACAAGAAGAUAUUGAUUGUGAUUGAGGACUUGGACUUGUUGAACCCAUCCAAUCAAGCACAUCAAUUGGAGUGGUUGCCAGAGUCAUCGGAUCUGCCAUCGAACGUUGUGGUGUUGCUCAGUUGUGAUCAGGGCAAGACAUGUUGGGACUAUCUCCACCUCAGACCACAGAUUCCUCAGACAUUCUAUUUGACACCUCUAGAGAUGAAUGAGAGACAGCUUAUCUUUACCAAGACUCUGGAGAGAUUUGGCAAGAGAUUGGACUCAAAGCAACUCGAUCGUCUCAUCUCAAAGACACACUCCAAGCUUCCACUGUUCAUCACGUUGGUCUGUGAGGAGCUUCGUGUGUUUGGUAGCUUUGAUAAGUUGUCAUCGUUCAUCAACAAGAUGCCAGAGACCAUUGGACAGGUGAUCAAUCAGAUGGUGUCACGUCUUGAGGAGGACUUUGGUAAGGACUUGAUCAAGAGGACACUCUGCUUCAUUGCAUUGUCUCGUUUUGGUCUAACAGAGACUGAGUUGUUGGACCUUUUGGCAAGAUCCUCAUCAUCGUCAACACUGUCAAGAUAUGCAUCAGCCGCCAACAAGCAGGAGCAGCACCAGCAACUACCAUUUGUCGUGUGGGCCCCACUUCUCAUCAACUUGGCACCUCUGCUCCGAGAGGCCAACAGACAUGUGCUCACAUUCUUCCACGGUGAGAUUGCCAAUGUCAUUGUACAUCGUUAUCUCUCCAAUGAGAAGACAGAGAUUGCCGUGCACCAAUUGAUGUCUGACUACUACCUCACUGUGGCCGACCCAGAGUCUGAUCGUUUCUGGAGUGGUGUCAUCUCCAAGCCAUUCCUCGAGUUGCCCUACCAUUUGUCCAAGGCCAAGAGGUGGGACCUUCUCGCAGCACUCUACCAGGAUCUCAAGUUCAUCGAGUCCAACUUCCGUAUCUCACUGGGUCGCGAGAUGAUCGAACGUCUACUCUGCUUGAUCAAUGAAGUGCGUGGACCAGCUCUCUCUGGUGAGCGUUGGACUGGCUACAACUUCUCCAGUGCCAACAUUGUCGAGGAGUUCUUUGCAUUCAUCCAGUACCAGGCACAUCAUCUCAUGCGAUUCCCAUUCGCCUCGGCACAACUGGCAUUGAACCUUCCCGAUGACUCGACCUGUCACGCUGCCGCCACCAAGAUGCUCAUCAACAAGGCACUCCACUUCCGUUGGGUGAACAAGUCUCAGAUCUCUGACUUUGUCAUCUCAACCCUGGCUGGUCACGAAGACUUUGUCAGAGCUGCACUCUACAAGCAUGAUGGUUCUCUACUUGCCUCUUGCUCUGACGACAAGACCAUCCGUAUCUGGAGUGGUGAGACUGGUGCAAUGGUGCGAGUGUUCCCCAAGUUGCACACGGACAAGAUCACAUCACUCUCUUGGAGGAGCAACACAUUGGUCACCGUAUCAAGAGACAAGAGGAUCAUACUCUGGGAUGAGUAUGGCCGUGUGAUCUCUGAGUUCAAGGAUGGACACACCAAUGCUGUGUGGGGUGUGAGUGUCAGUGGUGAUGGCAACCGUCUGGUCACAGCAUCAUGGGAUGGCACUGCAAUUGUCUGGGACGUUGCCACAAAGAAGCCAGUCCACAAGCUCACAGCACACUCUCCACAGAAGCUCUCUGCUUGUGCCUACUCACACAACAACAAGUGGGUGGCCACAGGUUGUUGGGGCGGUAUACUCAUCAUUUGGGACGCAGCAACUGGUAAUGAGCUGCAGCGAUUCAAGAUCUCAGACUUUAGUGUUCUCUGCCUGCAGUUCUCAAAGGAUGACUCUAUGUUGGCCCUAUCAUCUGUGGACUCUAGCACAUAUGUGUUCAACACUCGCUCAUGGCAAAAGGUCAAGCUUGAUGGACACACAGAGGCAGUCAUCUCAUCACGAUUCUCCUCUGAUGGAAAGUACCUCGUAUCUUGUUCCGAUGAUAAGACCGUGCGACUCUUUGAGACCAAUGAAUGGACCCAGGUGUCUGUAAUGACUGGUCACUCUGGUCGUAUCAUUUCUUGUGCCUUCCAUCCAACCAGUGCACGUAUCCAGGUAGUCACUGGUGCCACAGACAAGUUCAUCAAGAUAUGGGAUCCAAAGCUUGGCUAUGCCACAACACAAAUGCACCAAGGUCACAAGAAGUCUGUUACAGCGCUGCAAUACGAUCAUAACACCGACUGUCUGUACUCAUGCUCCGACGACAAGACGAUCAAGGUGUGGGAUCAGUUCACCAGAAAGGAUUUACUCUCCUACAAGGAGUCAAUCAAUGCUCUCUCGCUCAAGACGUUCAGAUUGGACAGGAACACAUCACGUAUCGUUGGCCUCACUGCAGGCGAGGGUACAGGAUCAAUAUUGGUAGCGGACCUGAAUGGCAAGAUCAUCUCCAAGGUAGACAAGGGUGCACAUGCCUUUGCUCUCAGUGAUGAUGGCAAACAUGUUGCAAUGGCCCUGAAGGAGGGUGUGGUCGUUGUGUACGACCUCGAGUCAAAGACCGACAUCUACUCAGCACGUCAUGGAUUCGUUGUGAACGAAGUGUCAUUCAGCCCAAACAAUGAGUUCUUGGCUGCAUCCGAUGGCAAGGGAACGUUCACUGUACUCAAGCGUAAUGGCAACCAGUACAGCUUUGUCAUACACCAGGAGUUGAAUCCAAUGUCAGCUAUCACCUCGAUGGCGUGGUCAUCGACUGUACUUGCACUUGGCACCCAGGAUGGACCCAUUCAUCUGUUUGAUAUCAAGCGUACCUUCUACCCACUGCGCAUACUAAAGAAUCAUCUGUUUGCAGUGAGAACAAUGUCAUUCACUCCCAAUGGCAAAUACCUUAUGUCUGCAUCAUUUGACAAGCAGGCCAUCCUUUGGGACGUACAACAAGGCACCAUCGCAACCAUAUUCCCAUUGGCCUCUAUCUCCACAUCCAACAUUCUAAUCUUCCGUGAUGAGACUCAAGGUGUUCUCACUGCCGUUACAUCUGACUACACAGGCAAGAUUCAUCAUCUAAAGAUUGUGAACUGUGACCAAGAUGCAUAG